UAUUGAGAUAUAUAGGUAGGCAGAAGCAGCCUUGCGACGCAGUGGAAUACCAUAUUCUCCCCUCAAAGGUCGCACAAAUUCAUUCCAAUUGAAGCCCCCGCUCCACCAUUUUCCGAACCAAAUUGCCGCCAUGGCGUCCAUCCAAGAACAGAUCCGGUCUGCCGCUUCCCAAAACGCCUCGCUCCUUGCUAGCCUCCACUCGACAGAUUCCGCCCCAUCACAACUUUCCCAACAAAAUAACUACAUCAGAGACCUCGACCAUCAAAUCAGCAAAACCGAAAAACACGUCGCCGGCCUCAAAGCAAAAACCGCCUCGGAACUGAAAGACCACAAGAAGUAUUCUGAAUCCACAUUCCGGCGAUUCGCGCACAAAGCUUCUGGCCGCAAAAACCAGUUCUUAGAAAAAGCCGCCAGGGAGGAACGUGAGUACUUCGACGCCAUCCAAGCGCAAAAGACCGGCGAAGACGAACUCGCCUACGUCAAGCAGCUCAAAGCCGAAGCCUACAUCACGCGGCAGAAAUACGAGGCGGAAGUUCAACGACAUGACAGUUUUCAGCGCUCGCUCGACCAACUCUACAACUCCAUCUUCGCGGGCUACACCCCAGAAUUCCCCGAAGAAGACGAAAAGGAACAGGCGUGCCAAGCGUCGUCUGAGUACUGUCGCCAGGCUAACCAGACGCUUGAGCAGGAACGUCACAUUCUUUUCCUCCUCGCAGAAACGAGCCGGAAGUUAUCGGAGGCAAGACACCACCUCUCCUCUGCGCACAGUGCAUCCUCCAUGGACAUGCUAGGUGGGGGCACUUUUUCUAGCCUGCAGAAACGGAAUUUCCUCGAGCGGGCUGAGUCCUCGAUUUCGCAAGUGCGAAUGCUGCAAGACCAGAUCCGGCGACUCAACCCCAAUAUUGGGGACCUGGGGCCGAUGAAUGUUGCCAGUGGGAGUAUUUGGGGGGAUGUUAUUUUUGAUAAUAUUUUCAGUGACAUGGAGAUGCAUGAUAAGAUCAAGGAGUCAGAGACGCAGCUGUUGAGAGCGAGCCAGAGGUUGCAGGAUGUGAUUAAGGAACAGGAAGGGAGGGAGAAGGAUAUGGUGGGAGAUUGCCAGAGGGCCAGUGAGGGGUUGCAGAAUGCGAGGAGGGAGUUGCAGAUGGCGAGAGAACAGGCGUUUGCGAGAGUGAUGGGCGGCGAGCAGAUAGGGGGAGAUGGUUUGAUGGCGUCGCAGCCUCCAUCAGAGGAUGCUCCGCCAGCAUACUCUGCUUAGAAUGCACUGGUUAUAGAA